AAACAUUCUUACUGACUCUGCAUUACUCAAACACAAUGUGCUGACAAUAACAAAAAUAUACAAAGGGCAUUCAGUUAGUCAUCUUGUGUCAAAAUCAUACAAAGCCUGCAACGAACGAAUUUAUUGAAAACAGGAUGGGACAGGGCCAGUCAGCAGGGCAUGCAUCACAUGCUGCGUCGCAAGAGCAGCUGAGCCACGAGAUUGCCGUGCGCUUUGCCAAUCACUGUUUUACCCAAUUUGAAAUAUACAAUUUCAAAGAUGUCUUCAAGUCACUUGCCGAUACAGAGUCGGGCGUGCAUUACUGGAAAGAAGACACGCUUUGCCGAUUUUUGGAGAUUCCAGAUGCCCUCAAUGCUGGGCCCAUUGUUCACCAGAUGGCGAGCUACCUUGCUGCAUUCCCAUUUGCUAGCAUGGCGCCCGGAAUCCUUACAUUAGAGGGCUUAGUUAAAGUGCUGUGUAUCAUGACAGAGAAACACGGUAAGGUGCUCAAGCGCGGCAAGUCAGAUCGCAAUAAGCUGCUCUAUAGAAGUCUGGCAGUGUAUGAUAGGACGCUGGGAGAGGGAUCGGAAAAAAAGCUUGAAGCUGGGCAGGAGACGGAGGCAGAAAGGGGAGCUGGGGGCUCAAAUGAAGAAAGGGCAUCAGAAUCAGCAAAAGGAAAUUCAAGUUCACAAGGCUUCUCAAUUGACCAACCAGUCGACGAGGAUGAGGAAGAAGAUGACGACCAACUUACGCUCGCGGCUUUGGAGACUAUGGAUGCCGUUGCAGUCUAUGAGACCAAAGAGCAUGUUCAGAAAACGUAUAUCCCAGCCGACAAUUUUAGAAGACUGAUCACGUUACUCCUGGUGACGGCGCCGCUUGGGCCGCAAGACAGUCUCUCGACUCAUUUUUCAACAUUGUCCGAUGAACAGCUGGAAAGCCUCCAGCGAACCGCAAACAACAUCCUCUGGGCAUUCGAAGUGGAAAAGAGCCCGGGGGUGCUGUAUCGAAAUUUCAAGACGGUCAUCCCAGAAUCGCUACCCUUUUUAUUCGAAGGUCUCAACCCGCUGUUCGAGCAUCUCUUGUUCAGCAAGAAUAUCAAUCUCAGAAAAUCAAAGACGUCGGAAGGCGAGAAACCAGCAGAGGAACUAAAGGUUACGAAGCAUCUGGAAGAACUUGGAAUGAAUUCCGUUCUUCCAGUGCCAGGGGAAAUUCUCGACAUUAGCAUCCUGAGCCAGCUUUCAUUCUUCCUAGGUGGAUCAAAUGUGUUUCGAAAGCUCCGCCCGCUCUACUUUGGCGGCGACGCAGGAUUCAGUCUAGGAAGCUUUUCCACCAAGGUGAUCAACUGGCGGGCACCGACUGUCCUUUUAGUCUCGGGGACACGGAUCGAAGAGCCUCCAAAAGGCCGGCAGCGGAAUUUUGCAGAUUCUCUACCGCCAAAACGCUUUCCAAACUCGAAAUCGGCACAUGAUGAUUCCAAUCGAGUCGUCUACGGGGCAUACCUGAAUGUGCCGUGGAAGGAAACGACAAAGGAAUGCUUUGGGGAUGACAAAACGCUACUCUUCCAACUCGAGCCUGUGCAUGAGGUAUUCAAAGCAUCGACACUCAAUCACGACUACGCAUCAUUUACAAGAGCUGCUCAGCUCCGUCAUGGGAUCAAUUUUGGUAUUCCAGUCCAAAAGGCCAAAGGGCCGGGCGGGUCCCAAGUACAUGCUACGCUUGGUCCAUUGUCGCUCAUGCUCGACGAUGCGCUUGAAUUUGCUGUGUUUACGCAUCAUACUGCUGGCGGAGGAAGCUUCCAUUGCAGCCAGACGAGAAAGUAUGACUGGCAGGACCGCUUCGAGAUUGAGGCCCUCGAGGUCUGGGGAUGCGGUGGAGACGAGGAGGCCGAUCGGCAGAGAGCGGCCUGGGCUUUUGAAGAACGUGAAGCUGCUCUGAGAAGAGGUCUGAAUCUGGGCAAGGACGUCGAGGCUGAUCGGGCAUUGCUGGAAAUGGCAGGCUUGGUCGGGCAGAAUAGGUCAGGCGGGAGUGUAUAGCCUGUUCACUUUGCCUCCCUGUUCACGAAGUACUUGCCCUGCCUUUUGCUUAUGUUUGAUAUUUUGGACUUGAUUCCGUACAGCUCAAGAUGUUCUUCAUUCUGUGGUAUUGGUAUAUGGCGCGUUCGGUGCACUUGCGGAGUUGAGUUGGACUUGGACUUGCGGCUUACUACGUAUUCGCUGUAGAUUUGACCCU